UAUUUUAUUACAUAUUUUUUUUAAAAAAAACAAAACCCUAAACCAGACCCCUCUCUCUCUAACACCUCACCCCUCUUUGAAGCCGCUGCCCACUGGCCACUGCCCAGAGAGUGGACGACGACGGUGAUUCGCUGCCCAGCGAUUUGACGACGACGGAGACGACAGCAUCUUCUCCCCUACUCGCUGACGACGACGGCCAUCUCCUCCCUAAGUCGCCGACGGCAUCUUCACUAACGACGGAAGCGACACAGCUUCUCCCUCCCCAACGACAACACAGCUCCUCCCUAUCCAACGAAGACACAUCUUCUUCCUUGCAAACGGCAGCAACUCAGGAUAGGAAGAAAUUCUAAUUUCUAAAACAAGUUGAUGAGUUCUUGAACACCAAGGUUGCACCUCAAGAGUUUGUGGAUGAGAUUAAGUUUUCAGGCAACAAGGUUCAUUACUUAUGGGACGUAAUAUACGCCAUUCCGAAUCUCCUAUUAGGGGUAGAAGUCCUCCUCGUAGGAGGAGUCCAUCACGGAGGGAGAGAUCACCGACACGGCAUAGGAGCUCCCAUAAGGGUGGCUCUCCAAUUAAAGAGAAACCUCGACGUGAUGUUAAGUCUCCUAAGCAUGGAAGAUCAAUAUCACCUUUUCCUCGUUCUCGAUCACGGUCCCCUUCUCCACGAACGAAAAGGUUGAGGAGAGCACAAGCUGGAAGUGAUGAGAGAGGACAUGAAAUAAAUCAUGGUAGAGGAAGUGAAAGGGGUGCACAUAAGGACAGGGGUCAAGAAAAAGAAACUGGGAGAGAGAGGAAGGAGAGAUGGUCAGAUAGAGAUGACCUCGAUAGUAAUCCUUUAAGAUCAAGGCAUGGUAAUGCUACUUCUCCUUUGAAACAUAACCAAAGGAGUAGACAUAGAUCUUACUCACCUCAACCAUCUGGCGAAAACAAAAAUCAUGAAAGGGAGAAAGUAAAUGAGGGAAGCCAAGAGAGGAAAAAUGGUAGAGGAAGUAAUAGAGCUACAGGGGAAAGACGACAAGAUAUAGAUAUUGAGAGCAUGAGAACAGAGAGAAGAUCUAGGAGAGAUGGUAAUGAUCACAAGUCUUUAAAAUCAAAAGAUGGAAUUUCUACAUCUCCAUCUAGUUGGCAUCACAGGAACAAAAACAAAUCUCACUCUCCUCAGCCAGUUGCUGAUACUCGAGCUCGUGAUGAGGAGCCAACUAUAAAAGAAUCUGAAGAAAGGGAUAAUGAAGAUGACUCCGUCUCUAAAAUGAAAAUUGCUGAGGAUGCGCUAGCAGCAAAACAGAAGGAGAAACCUUCAUUUGAGCUUUCAGGAAAGCUCGCCGCAGAAACUAAUAGAGUCAGAGGUAUAACAUUGUUGUUCAAUGAACCCCCUGACGCAAGGAAACCUGAUGUAAGGUGGCGGCUUUAUGUUUUCAAGAAUGGUGAAGCUCUCAAUGAACCCUUGUACAUACACCGUCAAAGCUGCUACCUUUUUGGGAGAGAAAGAAGGGUGGCAGAUGUUCCUACUGACCACCCAUCCUGCAGCAAGCAACAUGCUGUUAUACAAUUUCGGCAAGUAGAGAAGGAGAAACCUGAUGGUACUCUAACAAAGCAAGUAAAGCCUUAUGUAAUGGAUCUUGGAAGUACAAACAAAACUUUUCUCAAUGAUGUUGCCAUUGAAUCUGAACGUUAUUAUGAGCUUCACGAAAAAGAUACUAUUAAGUUUGGCAACAGUAGCCGAGAGUAUGUGCUAUUGCAUGAGAACUCAGCCCAAUGAGAGAUUGGAGACUAAUUUGCUUUUUCUGAAGUUCACUUUAAUGUUUGUGCAUGGAGACGAGUAUUUUACUUGAGGGUGUUUUUUUGGUUCUUAGCCAUCCAGUGAUGUGUGAAAACUUAUCUCUAAUUUUGUAAGUCAUUAACUUGGGGAGCACUUCACCUGGCUAUACCCUAAACUAGCUACUAGCUUUAUGUCUUAGCAACUUAUCUCUAGUGAUAAAUGCAAGGUAUCAUCUGUUGUUUUUUUUUUUCAACUUACUAAUUUAUCAAUGGAGACGUUUUUCCUCUUAUUAUUA